ACCCAAGACUCGCUUCGAACAGUACGUAUACCCUUGUCCAUUUCGUGAUUCGACCUCGACUGCGCACUUUCCAGACUUGAUUUAAUCCAUCGACAAUGCAGAAGAACAUGCUGGUCUUAGUUUUGAUGCUGUGUAUCGCUGCAGUGCUUGGUCACAGCUGGAUCGACUGCCUCGACACAGAUCGCACAGUCGUCUACAACCGCGGACCCGAGUACAUUUUCGGUGGAGACAAAGCCAACGGUAUGUGUGCAGGCUACAUGAAGAACUACGUCGGUCGAGGCGACCCGGAAGUGAACAACAAGAUGACGUUCAAGAUCCUGAUCGCCGACGUGGCCAAGAACACAGCGAUCUGUACUACCGACGCCUGGGACUACUCAACCUGGCGCCAUCGCCUCACUUUGACUGCCGGAGCCACCGUGUACUACGGCUACACGUCCAAUGGCCACAUCGUCAAGGAGCAAGCGGCAGGCAAGACUUUCUACGGCGUGUACUGGACAGGUGUCCCUGGCACGAGCUUGGCGACGACGUUCGACUUGACCACCGACAAGCUCAUUGACGGCCAGCUUCAUAACUUCGACGAUGGCAAUUGUGGUGAAGCGUACACAGAUGAAGCCCACACGAUUCCUUCAGGACGAUCAGGAGACGGAUACCCUUGUGUUGGCACCUUUAACAUACCGGCGGGUACAACUCCUGGCGUCUACAACCUCGUCUGGUAUUGGAAGUUCUACGACGCCGAUACCAACUCCUCAAUCCCAACUUCCAGUGGAAUCUACGGCGGCGCGGCAUACACGAGUUGCUUCCAAGUUGAAGUCACCGCCUAGCACGCUCCAGUUUAAAACGCUUGUUACGAAGCAGACACCGACUCGAGAAAAUGAUUCAAGAAACGUUGAUAGCUAUAUUAUCAAUCUAAAUCUCGUCAGAUACACAAGUGUAACAUUC